UUUUUUUAUGUGCUCGCAGCCGUAUUCUCCAUUGUGGGCAACCUACUGGUUCUGGUCAUGGCCUUCAAUCGUUCUUCUCGCAUGAAACCUCCUGAGCUCCUGAGCGUCAACUUGGCGGUGACGGAUCUCGGGGCGGCGGUCACCAUGUACCCUCUGGCCGUGGCCUCGGCCUGGAGCCAUCGCUUCCUUGGGGGGGACGCCGCCUGCCUCUACUACGGCCUGGCCGGCUUCUUCUUUGGCGUGGCCAGCAUCAUGAACCUCAUGCUCUUGGCCAUCGUGCGCUUUGUAGUCUCCCUGGACCUACAGUCGCCCAAAGACAAGGUGAGCUGGUGUCAGAUAAAGCUUCUGUGUUCGUGGUCUUGGCUGUAUGCCCUGCUCUGGGCUCUACUACCCGUCCUGGGCUGGGGCCGAUACGGUCCUGAGCCAUUCGGACUGUCCUGUUCACUGGCGUGGGGCAAACUGAGACACGAGGACUCUUCCUUCGUGGUGGCCAUGUUCUCCUUCAACUUGGCUCUGCCGGCAACCGUGAUUGUGUGCUGCUACUUUGGCAUCGCCAUCAAACUCUACGUCACCUACAGAAAGUCAGUGGGACAUGGGCGACGCGUAUCCAACGUACUCAAGCUGCACCGCAGGCUGCUUACGAUGGCGGUGGUGAUCAGUGUGAGCUUCAUCAUGUGCUGGUCUCCGUACAGCGUGGUGAGCUUGUGGUCCACCUUGGGGCCCGGCAGCCCCAUCCCACCUCAACUGAGUCUGCUGCCCUGCAUGUUUGCCAAGAGCUCCACGGCCUGCAACCCCGUCAUCUACUACAUUUUCAGCCAGAGCUUCAAGCGCGAGGUCAAGAAACUGGUGCGGUGCCGGUCCGGAUGUUGUGGCGGCAAGGACGGCAGGGGUGCCAGGAGAGGACGCGGAGGAGGGGAAGAGUCCUUACUGGGUUCCAAAGUUGCCACGGCUACCACGGUGGUUUGAAGGGAAACUAAGAACUGGCGGCAGCUUGUGUUCAGAGGGGACAACCAGAGCACAAGCAGUUCUUUUUAUGACAUCCCUAGUGAGCCAAAAAACAUCAAUCACUGGAGUAUGAAUCAAUUUUUGGUCAUGGUGUGUUAUUUUUGGUCAAGGCUUUCAGCCCGAACGUGACAGAACUGGACAAUGGCGAACAAAUUCCAGUCGGCGACUGACCCUUGCAGAC